ACCGCCGACACAACAUCGUGUAAAACAAAGAUAGAUGAUUCAAAAGACUCCAGAAUACACUUCUGACAGCAGUUUUUAGUGCAAUUUAUACAUAUAUAUUUGUCCGAAUGGCAACCACGCUGGAUUUCCGGACCCAUGUGGACCAGUCAUGCAGAUAUUCAGAAGAGUUUGUCAACAUUUAUUAUGACUGCAUGGAUAAGAAAAGGAGGAACCUGACCCGGCUCUACCUGGACAAGGCAACCUUGGUGUGGAAUGGAAAUGCUGUGUCUGGACAGGAUGCACUGGGAGAGUUUUUUGAGUCCCUGCCAUCCAGCGAGUUCCAAGUUCAUACACUAGAUUGUCAACCAGUUCACGAACAAGCAACCCAAGGCCAGACCACACUGCUGGUGGUGACUGGUGGGAUUGUCAAAUUUGAAGGGAACAAACAGCGCUUCUUCAACCAGAACUUCCUUUUAACAGCUCAGGCUUCACCCAACACUGACCAGCCUGUUUGGAAGAUUGCUAGUGACUGUUUUCGUUUUCAAGACUGGAAUAGCUGAGACUCAUUCCUCAUUUCCCUUAAGAUGCCAGUUUUUUUUUUGUCUAUUUGUAUAUUUUUGUAAUAAAGUCAACACGUCAUACAACACAGAAUAAGAUGUUUAUUCUCAAGAAAUG